CCCUAGCAACCGCCAUUAACGUGGGUCUCGCAGAACUUGGAGCUACUCAUAUUCAAUCUUCUUCACUACCACAAACAUCUCUCUCUCUCUCUCUCUCUCCCUCGCGAUACAGGUUAUUCUCUGUAUCGAUGGAUCCUCAUUCAUAUUCUGCAAAACAGGUGGGGGAUGAAUUUGCAAGGCAAUACUAUCAGACCUUGCAAAACUCCCCGGAGAAUCUCUAUACGUUUUAUAAAGAUAACAGUACGAUUUCACGGCCUGGACUAGAUGGAACGAUACGUGUCUUCACUUUAUCGGAUGUGGAUGAGAAUGAUCUUAAAAUGCAAUCUUCUGAUGGUUUUGAUUCGGUUGUGAUAACCAGUGUCACGUCCCAAGAUUCUCAUGAGCAGGGUUUCCUCGUGGCUGUUUAUGGCUGCUUCACUUUCAACGAGAGACCUGCAAAGCACUUCACACAAAGUGUCUUUCUUGCUCCCCAAGAAGACGGCUACUUUGUUUUGACCGACAUAUUCAAGUUUGUUGAUAUACCCGAGGUUAAUGCAGCCAUUCCACCUGCUAAUGAUGUCACGGAGGAGAAAGUUCCAGAAACGGAGGAAGCUGCACUGAGAGUUUCCGAACCAAGUCAAGGUUUUGAAAAUGUUCCCAAGCUAUCUCAUGCCUCGGUUGUAAGUGGACACUCCAAUCAUCAACAUUCUUCGUCUUGUGGUUAUUCUCCAGAGAUAAAACCUAGAAAUGGGAACAGUCAGGAGUCUCGAGCGGUAUCUGAGGCAUGCAUUUAUCUUCAUUGGCUUCCUACAAAAACAACCGUUGCCUUGGUUGAGAAUGCAUUUAAGCAGUUUGGAAAAAUUAGAAGAGGUGGAGUUGAACUUAGAAGCAAAAAGAGAUAUAAAGGGAAAUAUGCUUAUGUGGAGUUUGAGGAAGCAGAGGCCGCCAACAGGGCAAUAAUGGCGUCUCCUCUAAGUAUUUUUGGGUACAGAAUUACCGUGCAGAAGAAUCGAUCUUACCUUAAAGGUUACUGUGAAAGUCCAUCCGCUGGACCAGGAAACAUACACAGAGGCGAGGGAGUGAGAGGAUCACUAGGUAACCCCUUUUAUAACUGGCAGAAGAUGAUGGAGGAAGUGAGAGAAACAGACGUCUGGCAGAAGUUAAUGAUGGGAUCGAGAGGAACAGAAGUUUAUGACUUGCACAACUGGCAAAAGAUUAUGGAUCAAUCGGAGGAGCAGAUGAAGUUUCAGGAGGAACAAGGACGACAAUACAAUCACAACAGAUAUACAAGCGAGGAAGUGAGAGGAACAGAAGAAUUUGGUCUGGAAGAAGAAGAAGAAGAAGAGAACCAAAACUGGGAGACUUUAACGGAGGAACAGGGGAAGAUUCAGGAGGAAGAAGGGCGACAAUACAAUCAAAACAGAUAUACAAGGGAGCAAAUGAAAGAAACAGGAGGAGCUGGUCAAAUUCCGGAGGAAGAAGAAGAAGAAGAUGAUCAAAACUAGAUAUGUAAUUAUAAUGAUUGAUUUGUGAGAUGACUAGGAAGUUACAGUAAAAGAACACGUAGAGAUAUUGGUUCUUGAAGACAUAUUUUGAAUCAAUGAAUGGGAUUUUUGUUAAGGUUUUAGAAGAGAAGCUUGAAAAUCUGGAUGUGUGACCAAUAAAGGAGAUAAAUUUAGGCUAACGAUAAAUUGUUUCUCUAGUCGUUUUAGGAGAAUUAAAAAAUUCGGAAGUCAUUUGCCCUUUUGAGCAUUGGCCCUUGAACCGAUAAACAU